GCAUAAAACAAUUCCUCCUUCUUUGCUUCGCAUUGCUCCAUAAUUACUUUCGUGAUUUAUUGCAUUUUUAUUGAAAAAUUAACAAAUUAUUUAUUUCACAAGUGACGCUACCUAUCGGCCACGCAUCGUAACUGCAUGGCUCGGUAAUCAACGGCGGAAAUAUUUAAACGUACAUUUUUAUCAUCAGAGGUCCAGGAAUUGUAUUAUCUUUAGAUGAUUAAGUAUUACAUUAUCAUCGGCGAAAAUCAAUACGCUGUACGCGAUGGAGUCUUCCAGAGUAGCACGUGUGAUGUCGCUGGCGUCGCGUGGGGGUGGUCGAGUAUCGACGCGUAUCCCAGACGAAUUUGUGCAAGUCGGAGUACCUGGUCGCUGGUGCCGCUCCGCGCUGAUCGGAGUCACUUACAUCGGCGUCUCGGCCAAGUCCGCUCAAAGUGCAGUGCACCGUGCAUACUUUUAAGCGUGCAUUCGGACGCAUUUGUUCGCGUCGCGUUUCUCGUCUCCGUCCCCGUGACAGUUCGCGCGAUGCGGUAACCCCGGCUGAUCAACCCCGGUAACCCACGUUCAAUUCGUUCUGCCACGGAGACAGGUGAUUUCCAAGGAGCUUCGGAGUCCCGAGAGAGAGAGAGACAGUGAGAGUGAGACAGUGAGGAAGAUCCGUUUCGUCAGCCUGGCCUAAACGUCAUCAUUAUGCCCGCACCGAGCCGCGUGUGCCUGUUGCUGUUCCGCUGCGCUACGAGCGAUCCCGAGGCAAGAGGAUGCAACGAAGUCAGCUGAGGGACAUCUCAUCCUGGAUGACGCGUCUGUUCCCGGAGCCUGGGGACGGUAGUAGUCGGACGAUCGAGGGAUUCAAGAUGUUUGGUACGAAAAAUAAUUCGCCCACCAGUACAUUUUACACUGAUCUGGAAAUCACGGACGACAACAACAAGCAAGAAUUUCAACAGGAGGAUGAACAUUCCAAAGCAGCGCCACAUUUGCAACCGGAACAGCCGACCAGCGCGACCAGCGAAAAUGGAAACUCGCAGGAUUCGGAGGACACAGCAACAGGUGUCGAGGAGCAACGAUACGUUAGACAUUCCUUCCACAGGAUCGCCAGUUUCGGUGGUUUCCCGAGAUUUCAACCGUUCGUCAUGUCCGCUUCCACGCCCGCCGAGUGCAUCGGUAUCACGAGGCACGAGGAAACUUCAACGGAAACGUCCUACAUUAAAAUGUCGCAUAGUGUUCUAGAAUAUAGGAGUAGCAGGUACGUAGCUUCAGAGAGGAGGUCACAUCAGUAUACGUUAGAUACUUACGCAGUAAGCGAAUCCGAGAGCGAGGAAGAAUCAGAAGAGACGAGAUCCUCGGAAACAGACUCCGCCAUAGUGGCUGAUCACACAGAAGAGUCGAUAUCGGAGCCUAAACUGCUCGCAAAGAAGAGUUCUCCUGACUCGAAGCGGAAGAAGGCGUUACACGUGGCGCAGGAGUUACUAGCGACAGAGAAAAAUUAUGUAAACAUUCUACAUCUGAUCGAUCAGGUGUUCCAAUUCAGGGUCGAUCAGGAAAACCGAGCACAUCCAAUGUUCCCUCCAGAGACUGUCCAGCACAUGUUUUCAAAUAUUAAAUCUAUUUAUAAAUUUCACAACGACUUUCUAUUGCCGCAAUUCGAGGAGAGGAUGCAGUGUUGGGACUCCAAUCCGAAAAUCGGCGAUAUAAUGAAGAACUUUGCGCCGUUUCUCAAAAUGUACACAGAAUAUGUGAAGAAUUUCGAUUACGCUAUGAAUUUGAUAAGCACUCUGCAAAACAAAGUCCCCAGGUUUGCGGCAAUUGUUAACGAAAUUCAGAAGCUCGACGAAUGCGCCAAAUUGUCGCUGGCGCAUCAUAUGUUGAGUCCCAUACAGAGGCUGCCGCGAUACGAGCUCCUUCUUAAGGAUUAUUUGCGAAAUCUCACCGAGGAUAAUCCAGAUUACGAAGACACAAAAAAGGCUCUAGAAUUGGUAUCAACCGCUGCGAAUCAUACAAAUGAGGCAAUGAAAAAGAUUGAUAAAUUCAAAAAACUUUUGGAAAUCCAAGAGAGUAUCUAUGAUGCGACUGAUCUAGUCAGUGCGACUCGCGAGCUAAUAAAGGAAGGACGUAUAGUGAAAAUUUCAGCACGUAGUGGCGAUCAUCAGGAGAGACAUUUGUUUUUGUUUAGUGAUUUAUUAUUACUCUGCUCAAUAAGACUGAUACCCGGUCCUAUGUACCGAUUAAGAGCUAAAUUUAUGGUGGAAAAUUUACAAGUGGUUGAGGGAGACAAUCUAGAAACCGCAAAUACUUUUUACAUAAGGGACGAAAAUAAAAGCGUCGAGUUGUAUACACACGCCGCCGCAGAGAAAGCAGCAUGGUUAGACGCGCUGUUCCAGACGAUGGAGGAGAUCAUGAGACGCAAGGCCAGUCUGAAAACUGGGAAUGUUAAGACUUCCUUGGUUAAGGCUGAUGAUGUAACCAGAUGCAUGGUUUGCGAAGUUAUUUUCUCUGUGAUGAAACGAAAACACAACUGUCGGGCUUGUGGAAUAGUGGUUUGUAGUAAAUGCUCAAAUCAGAAAUUAUUAUUUGAAGACAAUAAAAAUAUGAGAGUAUGCAGACUAUGUCAUGCCGCACUUACUCAACCGCUCACUAAAUCACCAUCGUCGCCGUCUGGACCAGUGCCAAGUUUGCUACAGGUAUUGGCAAGCGCGCCAUCAGUAUUAUCCGGAUACCUGUUACUAAAGACGCAGGCGAGCAAGCCUUGGAUUAAACGAUGGUUCGCGCUACACGUUGACUUCGUUUUGUACUCGUUUAAAUCGGAGUCGGAAAGAAUGGCCAUGACAGCAACGCCUAUGCCAGGCUUUAUAGUUACGGAAGGUACUAAACUACCCGAUGAAGACCCCUUGAACACGAAGGAUCGAAUGAGAGCGUUCAAGAUCUAUCAUUCGAGAAAAUGUUACUAUCUUCAAGCGUCUUCUCAAGAGGAUAAAGAAAAAUGGAUGCACGCAUUAGAGUUGGCUACGAAAGCUGAACUACCUCAUUUUACGCAGGUGGAAAACGAAAACGCACAAGAAAGUCAAUCGAUAGAUGAUGUACAAUGAAUAUUCGUACCUUUUUAUCUACCAAACUAGCCAAUUUUUUACUAUUAUAUUCGUCGUGAGAAGACGAUGUAGCAAUGUAAGAUAAUCGUUAGUAGUUAAUUAGCUAUAUUUAAAAUGACGUUAACUUAUGUUAUAUAUAUAUAUUGUUAUUAGUAUAUACACAUUACAAGAGAAAGAAAUCGAGUCAAUAGCGGCCUCCGCCGAAACGCUUGUUGUUUUGUAUAAUGUUCUGUUAUAGUAUAUUUAUAAAUAUAUAUGUCGUUUUAUCACGAUACGCUGUGCUGACCGUAAUUUGCAAUAAAGUCGAUACAUCGCGAUGCUUGAGAAGUUAAUUAUGCGCUCUAGUGAUAGUAUGUUAUUUAAGCUACGGGAUCGUGUUUAUUAAAAUUGAUUCUAGAAUCGAUUUUCUUAAAUAACGCAAUGGAUUCUAAAAUUUUAUCAAUAAAUUUAUUCCGUUAAUCACACAUUUCAUAGCUCUUAAAUAUAUCUUAGUAGUUCCUAUCUAGUUAUGAACAUCGCAAUAAUUAUAAAAUUUUAUUACAUGCAUUGGAGGUACUUUGAUACAAAAAAUGCAUAUGUCGGCUGUCUGCUAAUUAUCCUGCACCAGCGUAUUUAUCACGUUUCUUGAAUUGCACAUAUAAGUAUCCGUCAGCUGCGUACGUGAAUACGUAAUUGUGAAUGACAUGAUUGUCAUUGGGAACAUCUUUUUUGUUUGUUUCGUAAUAGAAGUGUAAUUCGAGAACAUCGUGUUACUGUCACAAUUAGUGGAACCAAUUUAGUAGAGUAAAUUUUUUAAAAAAUUUAAGACAAAUCGCCAUAUAGAUUUAUAUGUCGAGUUGAUAUAUAUGUAUAAAAAAUGAAAAUUGCGACAUAUCUCUUUUUUUACGUGAUAAAUUUUUUAUAUUGACUUAUAUGUUAUUAGAGCCUAAUAUUGAAUGCCAAAGAUAUACAAAACUUUUUGUUUUCUACCUCUGUUUUCAAUGGAAUAAAAUUUUUUAGAUUAGAAAAAUAUUCAAAAUUCAUCGCCUUUUACAGAAACACAUACACCUUUUUUGAUUAACCUAAAAUCUCGUAAUUUGAAAUAAAAAUGUAUGUAGUAGUUAAGAUUCUUUUCUUGAUAAAUACAUUUAUAUCUCAUUCUACAAAAUGACUCAGUCCCUUGAAUAACUAUUUCAUAUGAAAGCGUAAUCAUGUAUAAAAUGAAUGUGAUCGCGGUCAAAGUUCUUUUUGCCAUUAAAUGCUUUUUUCUCUCUCUUUCAGCUUAAUAACAGAUAUUAUUCAAUCAAUAAUAUUAAUGUUAAUAAACCUUUCAUAUUUUCUCUAAAAAAUUUAUGAUACGCAUACACAGAAAAAUAUAUUGAUUUCUAUAAACCUGGAUAAACUCGAUUAGUUUUGUACAUAAUUUAAUGAUAAUUUGUACAUAAUAAUCCGAUCUUUAUUUGACAAUAAAUGUAAAAUAAUCAA